UAGCUUACAUAACCUCAGAUAGAUAACAUUAAGAACAUCGUCAACAUCGUCAAUCCAAAGUUUAUUAUACGAAAAUAUAUUUUCUAAAAUGCGAAAAUCUUUUUGGCCGUUACUAAACACAUUUAAAUCUCGAACCUCGGUGCCAUGGAGUCGUUCACACUUUACCUAUUAUCCUGACAAGUCGCCGAAAGAAGUUAUUUCCACUGGAAAUGUCACCGAAAAAAUGAAUAUGGUCCAAGCAAUCAACAAUGCUAUGGAUUUGGUACUUGAAAAAGAUCAAACCGCCUUACUUUUCGGUGAAGAUGUAGGCUUUGGCGGUGUAUUCCGUUGUUCAGUUAAUCUUCGCGACAAGUAUGGGAAGAACAGAGUUUUUAAUACUCCCCUUUGUGAGCAGGGAAUAGCUGGGUUCGCAAUAGGUGUUGCUAAUGUUGGCUCCACGGCUAUUGCCGAAAUACAAUUUGCUGACUAUAUAUUCCCAGCAUUUGAUCAAAUUGUCAAUGAAGCUGCAAAAUAUCGCUAUCGUAGCGGUGGUCUAUUUGAUUGCGGCUCACUGACAUUCCGUGUACCAUGCGGAGCAGUAGGUCAUGGUGCUCUUUAUCAUUCUCAAAGUCCCGAAGCAUACUUUGCACAUACACCUGGCCUCAAAGUAGUUGUACCUAGAGGACCAGUGAAAGCUAAAGGGUUACUUCUGGCUUGUAUUCGGGAUCCCAAUCCAUGCAUUGUAUUUGAACCGAAAACACUUUAUCGAGCUGCUGUUGAGGAGGUACCUACUGGCGAUUACGUGUCUGAAUUGGGCAAAGCAGACGUAUUGCGUAAAGGUAAAGAUGUCACUCUGAUUGGCUGGGGAACACAAGUGCAUGUACUAUUGGAGGUAGCAGAAAUUGCCAAAAAAGAACAUCAAGUAGAUUGCGAAGUAAUUGAUUUAGUAUCUAUUUUACCUUGGGACAGUGAUACAGUGUAUAAAUGCGUAAAGAAAACCGGUCGAGUUAUUGUGGCCCAUGAAGCACCACUAACUCAAGGGUUUGGCGCUGAGUUGGCUGCUUCCAUACAAGAAAAAUGUUUUUUGCACUUGGAGGCACCUGUAAAACGCGUUGCUGGCUGGGAUACGCCAUUCCCACAUGUCUUUGAAACGUUUUAUUUGCCUGACAAAUAUCGUUGCCUAACGGCCAUAAAAGAUUUGGUAAAUUAUUGAAACUCUUCGACGUAUAUUUCAACGAUAUUUAUUAAUGACGCUUAAAUUUUGGAAACGGAUGCAUUUAUUUUUGUUUAUAUAUAUAAGAUUUGAUUAUCUACUUUUAAUGGUAACAUGUGCAAUUAUACACGUAAUAAGUAUAGAAGUUAAAUAAAUAGUUAAAAUAUACUGCUUACCACAA